AUAAACAUUGUUCUGAAAGUUGUUUACAAGUGUACUUAUAUAACAGUAUUUUAAUUAUAAAAAAUGUAAUAGUUAAUAAUUAUUUUAAAUAUUAUCCUUGUUUAAAGCGCUAUUAUUCAUUAAGUGAAUAAUCACAGUAAAAAUAUGGAUCAAAAACAGAUUCUGGAGACGAAAAUGAGACCGGUAUCUCUGAUCUUGACGAGAUGUUUGGCGCUGAAUCGGAAUAUAGUAACCACGACUCCAGUACUGAAUAAUCAGAAAGCGAUAUUGAUGACACAGAUGACAAUGAUAGUUGUCCACAGAAGAAUGAAAUGAAAAAUAAAAAAUUUGUGCUCGGCAAAGAUAUAGCUACGAAGUGGUUCCAUAAUCCGCCUAAUCAAAAAGUUCGUACCAAACGACAGAAUAUUGUUACAUGUCUACCUGGAGUUGAAAAAUGCGCCAAGGGUGCAAAAACAUCUCUGGAUUGCUGGAAUCUUUUUAUACCUAAUGAAACACUUGAGCAAAUUGUUGAUUAUACGAAUAUUUUUUUGAAAAGUGUUCGCUUAUCAAAAAAACGUAAAACAGAAAUUCAACCGACAACCGUGGAUGAAAUACGGGCUAUAAUUGGAUUAUUGUAUCUGAUAGGCGUACAUAAAGCUUCGCGAUUGAAGUUAAAAGAGUUAUGGGCAACUGAUGGUUCGGCUCCAGAUUGUUUCCGUGCGAUGAUGUCAAGGACACGAUUCUACAAUCUCUUGUCAGCAUUGAAGUUCGACAAUAUUCAUAAUCGUGAUGAGCGAAAAAAAUUAGAUAAUUUGGCGCCUAUCCGAGAAUUUUCGGAAAAUUUUAUUAAACGAUGCCAAGAAAAUUAUACACAAGGUGCUUUUUUAACUAUUGAUGAAAUGCUGCAAGCUUUUCGAGGUCGUUGUAAGUUUCGGCAAUAUAUUGCCAAUAAACUGGCAAGAUAUGGUAUAAAAAUUUAUUCUAUAACUGAUUCGAAAAAUUUUUACACCUACAAUAUGGAAAUUUACUGCGGGAAACAACCAUCAGGACCUUACCAAAAGUCUAAUUCUGCAUUUGAUGUUGUUAAACGUCUGACUUCUCCAAUAUUGAAAACUGGCAGAAAUGUCACCAGCGACAAUUACUUUUGAUCUGUACCUCUUGCAAAUCAUUUGUUGGAAAAUGACACAACUCUUGUUGGAACCAUACGAAAAAAUAAACGUGAAAUUCUAAAAGAAAUGACUGAAAUUAAAACUCGGCCUAUUUGCAGUAGUAAAUUUUUAUUUAGUAAUACGAGCAUGUUAGUGUCAUACGUGCCAAAAAAAUCAAAGAACGUUCUGAUGUACUCUACUCUACACAACUCGACAAAAAUUGAUGAAGAAACUGGGGAAAAAUUGAAGCCAGAAGUUGUAACUUUUUACAACCAUACUAAAGCUGGUGUGGAUGUUGUAGAACAGCUGCAGGGUGAG